CCCUAGAAAAACAGGCUCGAAUCCCCAUUCUAUUCCACACGGGCGACGUCGGCGGCGAGAUGACCACCGGCCGCGGCCACCGCGUUUCCCCGGCGGUUGCGGCGGGGCCGCUGGAGGAUGACAACGUCCUCGGCGAGAUCCUCGUCCGCCUCUCCCCGGAGCCAUCGUCCAUCCCGCGGGCGCUUGUCUGCAAGCCGUGGGGUCGCAUCGCCGCCUCCGCGGACUUCCGCCGCCUCUGGCGCGACCGCCACGGGAGACCCCCGGUCGUAGGCGUCUUCGAGAAGCGCAUGACGACUCUGCUCUUCACACCUGGCCUGCAAGCUCCAGAUCGCAUCCCCAGGGAGCGCUUCUCCCUCCAGGUCUGCAGCGAGGCCGCGUGGAACACCUGGUGCGUGCUCGGGGUCCGCCAGGGCCGCGUCCUCAUCAUGAACUGGACGCUGCGUGAGUUCCUCAUCUACAACCCAUUUUCCGGUGAGCGCGACCGCGUGCCAUUCCCACCGGAUCUCUCACUCCCACCGGAUUUCUUCGACGACGCGUACAACGCCAACGGAGCUCUGCUCUGGGACGACGAGCAGCGCCCACUGAAGCUGGUCUUGGUAGCCUGCUCGGGUCGCACCAGAGUUGAGGCCCGUGUGUACUCCUCUGAGACGGGCACAUGGGGAGACAUCAUCUCCAUUCCUGAGCCAUGUCGUCUUACCAGUGUCCCCGCCACCGUGGUCGGCAACCGCCUCUACUGUUGGCUCAAAAGGCCUGUGAAUAGCAUACUAGAGUUCAAUCUGGAUAGCCAGACCCUAGCUCUCAUCACAAGGCCUCCCCGUGCCAACCUCAAGAGCCGCAACUGCCGGAUCAUCCCAGGAGAGGAUGGCGCUGUUGGCCUCGCCUUAUUCUUGUACCCUGCCAUCGAACUGUGGAACCGCAACGUCAACUCUCAUGGUGUUGCAACAUGGGUGCUUCGCAAGACCGUUAUUCUGGACAGCAUCUUUGAUCUGGCGCCGUCUUCAACGGGGGCAUGGAGGUCAUUAGUUCUCGGGUAUGCCGAGGAUGCUAAUUCCAUUCUUAUAUCGGUGUACAAAGAGAUGUGCAUCCGUGUUUUUACGGUUCAACUUGAGUCAAUGCAGUGCAAGAGAAUUCAUGGACACUUUCUCAAUGAUUUGUAUCAUCCGUUCGCCAGUUUCUAUGCUGCAGGUCCAUCGACGGCACAAAUUCUUGCUCCUGUGAACAACCAUGGGGGUGCUGGUGGGGCACAGCAUAAUGGCUAGUGUGACAUAGUACUACUCAAGACACCUGGGACCGGGUCUCGCCAACUACUUUAAAUGCAAAGCUAAGGUCCCGGUCUUGUGUUUGUUUUAUUGUUGGCUUUGGACCCUUUGGGAGAACUUUUGUAAAACUGUAUGUAUGUGUACUUUGUGUUGUGGGUAUGUGUUUGAACUCUGGCUGGGAGCAUCCUGUUUGGAACAUUAAUUUAUGGUGUAUAAUUUAACAUGACUGGAUGUUGUAUGGGUAAAGUAAUGAUUUUACUUUAUCAUAUCAGCUUGCUAUAAAGGUAUACAUUCUAUAUAUAGAACCAUUGCGAAAGAUAAUGGGUAGUCGAAGAGCACCUUCAUGCUAGGAUGAUGCCUUUUUAAAGAUAAAAAAGGAAAACAAGGUUGGGAGAAUGAUAUCUCUGCUACUUCCUUUAUUUCAGUGUUUCUGACUUUUUGUUAGAGUCAGAUUUUUGUUUCACCGCAGGAUAAACUUUCUGGAUAUUUACAUUCACAUAUCUUGAUUUACAAGUUACGUAUACAAUAAAUUACGUGUGGAGGUCAGAAUUUUAACAGAUCACAAAGGCAGAUAUCCGUCCUGGAUUAGCUACAUUACGUGUGUGCCGGAUAUGCUGCAGUAAUGCAGUUUGAUAGUUGGCAGCUUCUGAAAGUUCAAACACUGAGCUUGUCUUUCAUGUAUUUUCUCUUAUCGAAGCACUACUUAACGCCGUUACAUUGUUAGAAGCUGCAGAGUCAUCUAUUCUUCCUUUUUUUUCUCCAGAAAAGCAGGAUUUCUUUGUGGUGGUUCCUUUGCUGCUCAUAUCAAUAGAAGUUGACUCCUGGGGUUUGGCUCUUAACUCCGAAGCCAUGAGGUAUUCCCCACACUUUUUUCUCGUGUUGCCAUCAUAUCUUUUAUGGUUGAGGGUGCAAAUUUUAGACACUUUUGAAGUUUGGAGAAUUAAAUUAAGCUGAGGAAAUUAAGUGACCACAAUAGACGUUUUCCUAGAUAAAUUAUUAUCUACCAUGAAGCUUCAGCGAAAAAUGGGAUGCAAACUCUGAACAGGUUCGUGCUUUAAUCCCAGUACAUGUACUAUAUGAAUGAAUUCUUCUAGUAGCAGAUGAUGAGUUGUAUUUCUCAGACUUGUGAGUGACAUUGUUAGUUUUUGCCACAUGGUAAUCCCAUUAAAAUUAGAAUAAGCAUGUGUCAACAUGGUCAGUGUCCCAUAUUUAGCAUUCCGGAACUGAAGUUGAACCUUCCGUCAAGAUGGGCUCAACAAUCAUGUCUUCUUGCUUCUUUAAUCCUCGACAUAUGUUUUUUUGCUCAUUGAAAUGCAAUUUACCUAAUAUUGCUGGAAUGGACCGACUUCAAAUAUUCAUGCAAGAAUUUCCUAAUUGUGAAGUUAAUAUAUGGUGCUCUGUUUCUGAUGUCUUGUGCACAAGCAACUAAAGAUACUGGUUAAUGCACAUGCACUGUUAGAGAGUGAGGUACUGCCCCAGCCAUUGUUCCACAGAACCAGCGGGCUCGAACCCUCCUAUUCCGUUUGAUCCACAUUUUUUUGUAAGUUUGGCAAUGAGAUAAUUGACUCAUAUCAAGGGUGAAAUGGGUCCCCUCCCAUCAGAUUAAAAAAUGUUUAAAACAUUCCAAAUAAGUGCAACACAUAAAUAUUCAUUUUUCUGUAUGCCUGUAAACUUUAAUGAGCCACCCUGGAUAGCUAAAUUCAUGUAGCCGAAAGCAUCAUAAGCUUACGCUCUGACCCGACUAGCAUGGGGCACGUACAAUCCCAUGUGAAUCAGCAAGGACCACCUUGCAAGGCUAAAUACUCAUGGAUCAGUAAAAAUUCAAGCAUUCACUACACAUCAAUAUUUUAUUUAGGGCAUAGUUUGCAUUGCCUUUUAAAACCAUAUAGUUGCUUCUUUGGUAAUGCCAACCUUAACCAUGUAGUUUAAUUGAUACAUGUGAAAUUGAUUCUUUCUGUUGCGGAUCGGUCUUCCAGAUCAUAUCAAUAGUUAAAGUUACAUUUUCGCCAUUCAUUUAGUCAAUAUUUGUGUGCGUUUGGUGAUUUAUGGAAUGCCCAUUUUUCAUAUGUAGUGACUCCAUUGUUGCUUUGUCUGUUAACUUUAUCCUUCAGGAUAGCAGCAUUGUUGUGUCAACCCUUUAGAUGACAUUUGAUAAAGUUGCAAUAACUGAGCAUUAUGUUUAUCAGAUUGUUCUUGAUAUAUAAAUGCUAUUGUUGCUACAUGUUAAGUUUAUCUGAUAUAUCCACAUUCUUGUACUUCUCUAUAUUUAUUUCUCAUUUGUGGCUCAACUUUUCUUAGUGCCUUCCCACCCUUGUUUAUAGUCUCAGUUUGCACAUGAUGUUGGCAAGCUAACAUACUGUAGUGCAUUAUUUUUAUCUUUUGGGAAAUUGUAAUUUCAUUUUUUCUACCAUCUUUUUCAGUCUGUUCAGAUGGUCAUGCAUUUAUAUUUGGUUGUCAUUAUUCAGUUUAGAGCUAUCCAAUCACAACUGAAUCAGUGAGCUGUGAUUUUUUUUGUCCCCUCAGGCCAUCAGUGUGAAGGUGCUUUCGGUCGAUUUGUUUCAGGAUUAGUUUUCCCUCCCCAGAAAGGUAUCUAGAGAAGGACAAUGAACAACACAGUCACGAAUUUACAUGCUUUCUCCUAAUAUUUUUUGAACAUUAUAUUCAGUAACUAAUUUUUAUUGUAUUGAUUUCUAAUGGUUUAGUAUUUAUUAUGUUUUCAUAAUUUCAGUUGACUGGCUCUUUUCAAUUCUCAUUGUUAAUGGCCUUUUUUUACUGUGAAGUAGGGAGUAUUUUUUUCAAGGAUUUUGUGAUAUUCUUUUUACUUUCGUUGUUUUGUUGGAUAUAAUCAGUUCAGUGCAUUUUCUUGCUUCCUUAAGACUUGUUUAUUCGGAUUUACUUGCUUUCCUUACCAUGUCUAAUGUGAUACAAGUUGGGGACCGCAGGGUGGUGUUGAAUCCUUGGCUUCUUGGCAUGGCAAGAAACUGAAAUUUGUAGUUGGUCUGCAAGCAUCUAAGACAUGUGAGAUUAUGAAGGUGAGCUCUCUGAUAGGCAAAAUGAGGCAUAUGGAGUUGUCGUCGGAUAAACAAAUCAACUGUUUCCUUAAUGUCUUAAUUAAUGAACAUACCUGGAAAAGUUUUCCAAGAUUUCCUAACUAGCCGAUGUUUCCAGGGAAACAAAAGCUACUCUAUUUUCUAAUACUUGCCGCUGGUGCAUGCUGGAAUUCCUCCAUCACAUUCUGUUAUUUUGUUGUGUCUAUAUAUGUUCCCGGUUGAUACUAAUAGCCUUCAACACUGUAGUGCAUCCUUCUGUCUGUGUUGUCCAGUAAAAUUUAUACGUUCGUGAACUGACACUGUCAGAUUUGUUCUAUCAGGUUGGUAAUUAGGAACAAUCUGUGAAAUUUGAGGGUUCAUUUAUCAGGAUUUGUUCUGAGAGGGUUGUAAAUAUCCGAUUGCUAAUAAGGAAGAAUAUGUGAGAAGAUAUCCGCGGACAAUUUAAAGUGAAGACGAUCUGCCAAGAAAUAAAGACGAACAGAGAUCAUGAGCACUCGAAGGGAA